CCCCCCCUCCCUCCGUACCCCCCAAAAUAGAAGCUGAACCGUCAAAACAUAAACAGAGCAGUCGACCUUGUUUGAACGCUUCUUGGUUCGUUUUCUUUUGCAAACUUGAUGCACAAUGCGGCGUCUUCUCUGUCUCAGCCUGGCCGGUAGAGGCGCGGUGUGACGAUUGCAAAGCUGCCAUAUAAAAAGAUUACAAGGACUGAGCUUUUAAGAAACAAGGAGAAAGAAGUGCGCUGAGUCGGGCCUGCGAGUCGAGAGUCGCUAUCAGGGACGUCAUGGCAGAAACCGAUGGCAAAUCCACUUCGGUCAACGGGAUCUCUGGGGAGGAAGAAGCCGGCGGGGAUGGCCACAAAGAUGGGGACGCCUGUGGGAGCAAAGAUGGAGUCAAACACCUUGACAAUGGAGAGGCGUCUGGUGACAGGAAUGAGCCAGAAAGUGAGCUGUACGAGGAGGAAGAUGAGGACGAUGACGAUGAGGAGGAAGACUCUGACAGCAUGGAUGGCAGCGGCCUCUUCUCCCUGACUGAGGACGGUGAAAGAGAAAGCGAGGAAGGCAGACGAGAGAGGGCGAAAGAUGGCGGGAGAAGGGCCGCUCGGAAGCGGAACAGACCUUGCGGCGGCAACAACAACAACCGUUCCUCCAGCUCAGAUGAUGACGACGACGAUGACGACGACGAUGGCGACGAGGAGCUGAAAGAUGACGAGGAAGACGACGAUGAGGCGAUGGAGGCGUGGCUGGGCGCCGAGUUGCGGGACCUGCGCGGGCCGGCGUGGCGCGCCAUCCCCUCGCUGCGCCGCCGGGAGAUCGGCCGGGACUCGCAGCAGUUCGUGAGGCAAGUGUGUGGCGCCCGCGGGCUGGUGCAGAGGUUGGAGCUACAGGGUCGGCUGGAGAGGCACUCCGGCUGUGUCAACACACUGCACUUCAAUCCAUCGGGCACGCGUCUGGCGUCCGGCAGCGACGACCUCCGCGUGGUUAUCUGGGACUGGGCUGUCCGGCGUGCCGAGCUGGAGUUUGACAGCGGCCAUAAGAGCAACGUCUUUCAGGCCAAGUUCCUACCUCACAGCGGUGACUCCACGUUAGCCAUGUGCGCUCGCGAUGGUCAGAUUCGCGUGGCUGAGCUCUCCGCCACCCAACGCUGCAAGACCACCAAGAGGGUCGCACAACACAAAGGGGCUGCACACAAGUUGGCUCUGGAGCCUGACUCGCCGUGCUCCUUUCUAUCAGCGGGAGAGGAUGCCAUGGUGUUUGGAAUCGACCUGCGACUGGACCGGCCUGCUAACAAACUAGUGAUGGUGAAGGAGGGUGACAAAAAAGUGGGCCUUUACACCAUCUUCGUCAACCCAGCCAAGACGCAGCACUUUGCGGUUGGCGGGAGGGAUCAGUACAUCAGGAUUUACGACCAGAGGAAGAUCAACGAGAAUGACAAUAACGGCGUGCUGAAGAAGUUCUGCCCCUCGCACCUGGUGUCCAGCGAGUCCAAAACCAACAUCACCUGCCUGGUGUACAGUCACGACGGCACAGAGCUACUAGCCAGUUACAACGACGAAGACAUCUACCUGUUUGACUCCAACCACAGCGACGGCGCCGACUACUGCAGGAGAUACAAGGGACACCGCAACAACGCCACAGUAAAGGGCGUCAACUUCUACGGGCCAUGUAGCGAGUUUGUGGUGAGCGGCAGCGACUGCGGACACAUCUACCUGUGGGACAAACACUCAGCCCGCAUCGUCCAGUUCAUGGAGGGCGACAAAGGCGGAGUGGUGAAUUGCUUAGAGCCACACCCCCACCUGCCAGGCAUGGCCACCAGUGGCCUAGACCACGACAUCAAGCUGUGGGCUCCCACUGCCGAGACCCCCACAGGACUCAAGGGCCUCAAAGAGCUGAUGAAGAAGAACAAACGGGAUCGCGACGAGGACAGCGUGCGGCAUGGCGACCAGUACGACACCCAGUUGCUGUGGUUCCUGAUGAGACACAUGAGGAACCGACGGCCCCCGAGGACCCGACGUGAAGGAGCCGAGGCAGACACCGAUGAGUCCUGGAGCUCGCCGGACACUUCUGACGAAGAGGAAGGAGGUCCAGAUCAUGUCCAGUGCAUGUCCUCUUGAGCCAUGUCAAUAUAUAUGUAUACAUACAGUCCAGUAAAAAGCAGGUAUGUCAGAAAAGAUAAGCAAGAAAAAUUCAUAAAAAGUUCGGGAAGAAAAACACCACCAAAUAUAUUGUCUCAAAUUUGGACCAUGACAGUGAAAAAAAACUUACUACUCAAAAUCCAGUUUUUAGGGUCACCAACUUUGUUGUAUAAAGUUUUGUGACCAAAAACAAAAUAUUUCACAUUUUGUGCGUGUCUCUUUGAAAACGACAAUCUCAAUGUCAUGUUAAAGUCUGCUUGCCUGCUUUUCACUGGACAAUCAUAAGUUAAUAAUUGACACACUGGCACAACACAAAUCAGACAGCAACAGUGCAGAACGCUGGCCCACCGUACGAAGACAUCAAGUUAUUCCCAAUGUCCCAUUUUUGACCGCUGCCUCCAAACGUACGCCAGCACGUAGCCGCCCCCCCUUUCCAUCGUAGCGCCGAGCUUCCUCUUAACCGAAUUAUUGACAGCCACCCCCGAACUGAGUGCACUUUGAAUCAGGGAUGUUUCAGUUUGACUCAUGCACUAAAGAGAGAUUAUUUUUUUUGUCGGGGGUGUUUUUUUUUUUUCCCCUGCAGCAUUCACAUCAUCUUUGACAGGAAGCAUUCUGCUCACCUUCACUGCAUGCGCCACGGAUGGAAACCUUUAUUUUACUCAGCCUGAUCAGAUUCAGCACAGUUCUUGUAAAAGGUUCACCACAAAAUUUGGUGGUUUCAUUGGACAUUGUGCUUGCCCGUUGUUUGUGCUGUGAGAGCAACUGAAGCCUGGCGUUUUUUCUCGUUUUUCGGAGAACUCUUAGAUGAAUUGUACAUAUAUAAAUAUGAAAACUGUAAAAAAAAAAAAAUCAACAUUUAGAAGAUGCUGUUUGAUGUCACACAUUUGAUUGGUUAAAGAUGCAGAGGUUUAUAUUCGAUACAGAUCCGAUGUGCACCUAUUUCUUCUGUUUGCCUAAGACUGUCCAUUGUACACAGUACUGUAUUUCAUUUUGAGAAUUUUGCCACCUAAAGGCUUAAGAUUUCUGAAAUGUCUCCUGGUUCUGUUGGAAAUCUGUUGAAGAAUUUGUGCAAUAAAACAAGGAUGAACAAAUGUCUCCUGAAA